AUGAUAUCCUCGACGGCGACCCUGCUGUGUCGAACAGCUCUCUUUUUAACCGCCGCCUCAGCGGCGUGGGCCACCUCAAUCCCACGGAAGGCCGAAAGUUCUGCGUGCAAGUUGCCAGCAAACGAGAGUGUUUACUACAGCUCCGGAUUUGGCUACAACUACGACUGCGCACCCAGCACCGGCGCGUUGAACGCGUUGAUGCUAUUCAUUGACUUUCCGGAUCAGACCGCAUCCGAAGCUUCAGCAAAAGAAGCUUAUGACUUUUUCCUACCCAAGGCGCAAGAAUGGUUUGACAAGUCUUCUUACGGCAAACUAUACCUGAACAUCACCACCGAUACUACGCAAUUCUUUCGCAUGCCCAGGAGAGCAGCUGAUUAUCAAUUUGAGAGAGGCUUGACACACGAGCUCCACCAAUCUUAUGUUCAAGAUGCUCUUGGUUCAUGGCUCAAAGCUACGAAUGCACCUGUCCCAGCGGCUAAUAGCACCGGCGGUCCACUAGUAGACGUGUUGUACAUCGUCCCGACCAGGAACGCAACAGCCAUCACCUUUUCUGUUGCCCUGACAUCCCCGAUCUACACGACCAAUUCGAAUUACAUUGCCAGAAAGACCGUCACUUUGGGGGUCGACUCAUACAAUUGGUGGGGCUACAAGGUCCUCAACCACGAGACCGGCCAUGCCUUCUGUCUGCCGGACUUGUACCCGCUACCGUCUGGGUACGCAGGCUUGUACACCGGCAACUGGGAUAUCAUGGCCAAAGUCGACGGUUACAGCCCGAACUACUUCGCCUGGAACAAAUGGAGGCUGGGUUGGCUUUCAGAUGAUCAGGUGGAGUGCGUAGUUCCAUCCCCCAAGACGUGUGGUCGUAACUCUACGACAUCGACAAUUCACAAGCUUGCACCACUGGAGACAGUUGGUGGCGUUAAAGCGGUUGUAGUUAAGCAGAGCGAAAAGGCUGCUCUGGUAGCUGAAGUACGGUCCAAGAGUGGCACCGAUGACAAUGCGUGCGGGACGGGCGUGUUGCUUUACACUGUAGCUACGGAUGUCACUACAGGCCAGGGCCCAAUACGCGUGCUUGAUGGGAAUCCUGGUUGGGGCUCGGCGAGCUGCGCAAAUGACGAACUUGACAACGCUCCGUUGAGCCUCAAUGGUGGUGGCGCGAGCUCGUAUACUGUGAAGGAAUGGGGGGUCACGGUGACUGUUGUAGAGCAGAAAGGUGACGAUUAUACCAUCCGCAUAGAUGUACUUUAG